CACCUUUUGUUCAGUUAUAUAUGCUUGCAUCUUCUUCAAUAAUGGAACUCAAACCUGCUCGUAUCUGUUUUCAGAAUCAUAAUCAAACACACUCGAACAUGUCUGAUUGGGAUUAUCUUCCUAAACACACUUCGGUGCCUGCAAAUUCUUGCACGGGUCCACCAGCAGUUCCUGUGAAUACCAUGUCCAUGGAAGAUGCUCAAGGUCAAGGAGGCCUCAGAGGUGUUGCUCAUCCUGAAGAUCAAACUAUGUCCAAAGGAGACGGGUUUUGCAGAGGAUUUUGUGCUGGUUUGUGUUGCUACUGUUGCUUGGACAUGUGCUUUUAGCUCGGAGAUGAGGAAGAGAAGAUUCAUUUGGUUUUUGCAUCAUAGAAUGUGAAAGUUCUUCAGUUUCUUGCUGUGACCUGUAAAUGUAAUGUGGAAUAAUGACACUUCUGUUUUCCAUGCAUAAGAAUUUAUGUCUUUGAUAAUAAGCAUUGGUGAG